AUGGAGACGACAAGGGAGAUGGAGACGACGACGGGGGUCGAGACAAGGCCAGCUUGCCAUCACCGUCGCAUUCCUCACACUGCCAACUGCAACUCCAUUCGGAGAUUGUCGAAUAUAAGACGGCUACGGAGUACUGGAGAUAAUAAUGACAGGGAGGUGUCCACCCCCCAGGCCAAGGCAUCGGGCAGACGACCCAGCUUGAGAAGGAGGGAGAGGAAGAGACACGGCCCAGGAUUUGCUGCCAUGUGGAGGAGGUAG